CGCAACGCUCAUCGCAAAGCAGAGCAAGAGGCGACAGACACCGCACCUUCGACCAAGGUAAAGCAUGGCAAUGACCGGCCAGACCUCGUACCCCUCCAUGAGUAACCACACCAAAGAGAGGGUCACCAUGGCCAAAGUGACCCUGGAGAACUUCUAUAGUAACCUCAUCGCUCAGCAUGAGGAGAGAGAGAUGAGGCAGCAGAAGCUGGAGAAAGUUAUGGAUCAGGAGGGCUUGGCUGAUGAAGAGAAACGUAUCCGGCGCUCUGAGCAUGCAAGGAAGGAGACCGAAUUUCUGCGUUUGAAACGUACUCGACUGGGUCUGGAGGACUUUGAAUCCCUGAAGGUGAUUGGCCGAGGAGCUUUCGGAGAGGUACGCUUGGUGCAGAAGAAAGACACCGGUCAUGUUUAUGCUAUGAAGAUCCUCCGCAAAGCUGAUAUGCUUGAGAAAGAACAGGUUGGUCACAUCCGUGCUGAGCGAGACAUUCUGGUCGAGGCCGACAGUCUGUGGGUGGUCAAAAUGUUCUACAGUUUCCAGGAUAAGCUGAACCUUUACCUCAUCAUGGAGUUUCUACCUGGAGGCGACAUGAUGACCCUGCUGAUGAAGAAGGACACUCUGUCAGAAGAGGCUACGCAGUUCUACAUAGCAGAGACGGUGCUGGCCAUUGACUCCAUCCACCAGUUGGGCUUCAUCCACAGAGACAUCAAACCAGACAACCUGCUGCUGGACUCCAGGGGUCACGUGAAGCUGUCAGACUUUGGGCUGUGCACAGGCUUAAAGAGGGCUCAUCGGACUGAGUUCUACAAGAACCUGAACCACAGCCUGCCCAAUGACCUCAGUAAGCAAACAUCCCAGAACAUGAACUCUAAGAGGAAAGCAGAGACCUGGAAGAGGAACAGGAGGCAGCUGGCAUUCUCCACAGUGGGAACACCGGACUACAUUGCUCCAGAGGUCUUCAUGCAAAAUGGAUACAACAAACUGUGUGACUGGUGGAGCCUGGGUGUGAUCAUGUAUGAGAUGCUGAUAGGUUAUCCUCCAUUUUGCUCAGAGACUCCACAAGAGACGUACAGAAAAGUGAUGAACUGGAGAGAGACACUCGUCUUCCCUCCAGAGGUGCCUAUAUCAGAGAAGGCCAAAGACCUCAUUCUCAGGUUCUGCUGUGAGGAGGAGCACAGGAUUGGGGCUUCGGGCGUGGAGGAGAUCAAGUCCAAUCCUUUCUUUGAGGGCGUAGACUACGACCAUAUCAGGGAGAGGCCUGCUGCCAUUCCCAUAAAUAUCAGAAGCAUUGACGACACCUCAAACUUUGACGAAUUCCCUGAUUCAGAUAUCCUCACACCUACAGCCACUCAGGUGUCCAAUCAGGCUGAGGCUGAUCUGAAGAACAAGGACUGGGUCUUCAUAAACUACACCUACAAACGCUUCGAAGGCCUGACGGCUCGAGGUGCCAUCCCGUCCUACAUGAAGUCGGGGAAAAGAUGAACACCACCACACGGGCGCUUGUCCAACUCCUCCAUGAAUCCUGAAGGAGCUGUCUCGAGUCCUGAAAGAACUGUCUGUGUGGUGUCACACAGCUCUUUGCAAAUAAAAAGGGGACUACUUUUCCUCUGUUGCUUUCCACAGGAAUGUUUAAUUUCACUAGUAGGAACUGCUGCAAUCAUUCUGCAGCUGUUCGCUCUAUCUAAUGCUUCCGAGGGUACUUCUCUACUUCCUGCUCACAAUGACACUGAACUGGGAAUAAUAUGCCCACUUGUAUUUUGCACCAGUGGCUGCAGAUGGUUUUCUUCACUCCUGAUAGCAUCAUUGAUGUUCCCUGUGUGUAAAAUGAGCACUAUGUUGUUGGACUUACCAAGUGCUCUUGUCUUUCCAAACCAGCACAUCCCCCUCCUUGAAAUUAUUUUUUUAAACAUGUCAACUUGAAGAUGGCAUCAAAUCGUCACGUGACAUGAAAUAGAUGCUUUUCAGGGAUUCCCUCCUUAUGUUUCUUUUUUCUGGGCUUGUCUAAAGUGCUGCUGGCUUCUUAAGAUCAAACCAAAGACUGAACUGAAUGUUUGAUCUCUCCAUUACUUCACUUCCACUAACUCUGUUGUGCUUGUUUAGGUUAAAGCGUGCAUAUUUGAGAAUUAUGAAUUUUAUGGAACAAACACACACAGAUCAUGUGACAUUUGACCCCAUCAUGUCUGCCUUCUGCACCUUAAAUGAUGUGGAUGUCGCUGUAGUAUAAUCAAGCCUCCAGCUCCUUAUAUUGCGUGUUUAAAAUAAUAGUUUGGGUUUGACAGGGAAAGGAAACGCCCACUAAUGGCUGUGCAACUAAUCAUUUUGAAUUGGUGACUUGUUUUCAGAGUUAUAGAGACAAAUGUUACAAAUGUUCAGGAGAUCCAACCAGCAAGCAUCUUUAGUUAAAGGGGAAUAUAUUUUAAUUAAAAUGGAUUAUAAGAUUAAAUUGAAGAAUGAAUAAUUGUUUGAGUGAUUGAUUAACAGUCUUAUGAUGGAUGUGCACGACUGACUAGUUGUUACCAGACACUAGUCGGUUAACAGUUUUAAAAACUUUUGUAUUAUGCAUAAAAGUGAGGGUUUUAAGACAUGAUUGUUGGUCCAUUAAUAUGUAGCUUUAAAUGGUGUUAACACUUUGACCCCAGGACUGUACUCCAACUCUGUUACUGGUUCUUUGCCACCUCUGCGCUUAUCACUGCUUUCAAAGCACUUUGGACUGGUUUGAUUUUCCUUCAAACUGGUUUGCUGCAGCUUGAAAUCUAUUUGAUGUGAUAAAGAGGUGGUGAAAUGGCUUGAACGUGAGUUUGUCUCCACUAAAGAGCAGACAGGACCAGUGGGGAGUCGGUCCAUCCACAUCGAGGGCUAAAUGAUUCUUCAGUGAACACAAUAUCCAGAAUGCUGUCAUUUAAAGUGAAUGUAAAUGAACUUUUUUGGAAUUGUGGGAAAGUGCUUUUUGCCACAGUAGUUUCAAAAUGCUGUUUGUUUGAAUGAGGUGUAGACCCCCCCCCCCCCCUCCUGCUUUUACUUCAGUGAAACCAAACUCUCAGCAAUGUUGUUAAAUUGUAUUUUGAUCAGAUUAAUGCUGUGUUUUUAAAUGAUGUAAUAUUUCCAAGAUGAAACUCUGCUCGUAUAGUUGAAGCUGUAUCCAAAGAUAUCACGGACGUUAGACUGGUUUGUGAAAACUAAAUGUUUGGUUUGUUUCUCAUGUUUCUGCUGGAAUGGUCUUCUGCGAGUCUUAAAUCAAAGAUUUGACUUUUCUAUGUAAUAUAGUAUAUACAGGUAGUGGGUAGAUUAAUCUCAGUACAUUUUAGGAUACAGUGCACCUUUUAUUUUAAUGGCUGGGUUCCAUUUUUUAAGUCUAUUAUGAUGCUCCAGCUCUGCAUGCUUUAACCAAACCGUAGAUGUGGUGGCUUAAAGAAACUGAUGUAGAAUGACUUGUUUUAUUGGUGUGUGUGUGUGCGUGCACGGGGGUUAUUGUUUUCUUUUUUAAACCAGCCAUGUUUGCAGAUGCUGUGCUCGUCAUUAUGCUCUGCAUGUCGUCUGAGUCACAGAUAAGGGCUUUGGAGAAGGUGGAUGUACAUUAUUUAUAUACCACUGUUUGCUGUUGUAUGUUUUCUAAUAUUUGACAAUUAAUUAUUCUGCACUUACUGUAUUGCUUCUGAACUCUGUAGCAUUAUAUUUUUAUUUAUUU